AUGCCGUCAUCGAUCACGUACGAGUACUUGUCGUGCGCGGUGCAACGCACGGCGCAUGUGGCCGACUGGGUCCAGUGGGGCGAGGGGCGUGAUGCGCUCGUGCUGGGCGUGCACAAAGCGGUGGCUGUGUGGCUCGAUCCGUCCGAGCCGGCAGCCCGGGCGCCGGCCGUGCACAUGUGGCCCUUGCCGUGUCAAGAGACCGUGCAUGUGCUCAAGGCAUGGCCAGAUCAUGUCACGCGUAUCGUAGUAGGCACGUACGAGGGUGGCCUUGAGCUGUGGCGUGUGCACGGAGACGAGCUAUGUUGUGAUGCAUCGGUGCCAGGCGCGCAUGCGGCGGCGAUCACCGCUGUGGGUGUCCCGCGCGACGCCUACACGCGCGAGUACGGUCCGCGUGAGUUUGUGACGGGCGGCUCUGACUCGAAGCUCCGCGUGUGGUCGUGUGAUCCGCUGCGUGUGGUCCAGACGAUCGAUUUGGAAGGUGCGUUUCCGCUGGAUGUCGCUCUGGUCAAGCUGCCCCAGACAGAUGCGAUGGUGAUGGCCGUGGCAGCGACGGAUCGCCGUAUUUCGCUGUACGUACGCAGUGGCGGUGCUGGCACGUACGUGCGUCAGCUCAGGCUCGCUGGCCAUGAAGACUGGGUGCGCGCGCUCGACUUUACCGUCGCCCUGCCGGAUGUGUGGCUCGCUUCGGCCUCGCAGGAUCAGCAUGUGCGGCUAUGGAGGUGGCGGCCUGAGACGCGGCAGCCGCAGGCGCCUACGGACGCGUUUGAGGCCAUGGCGCGCGAGCUCCUACCCGACGAGGGCAUCCGCACCAAGAUCGACUGGCUCUCGCUGCCUGGCAGUGCGACGCGAUGGGGCGUGUCUCUGGAUGCGCUCCUGCUGGGCCAUGAUGCAUGGGUCACCGGUGUGCGGUGGUGUCCAUCGGUGCACACGGAGCCGUUGGCCGCGCUGCUGACGAGCUCGGUCGAUCAUAGCGUCAUCGUGUGGACGCCCGAUGCGGCGACGUCGUCAUGGCCCACGCUGCAAGACGCAGGCGCGGCCGUGGGAUCGCUAUGGCUCCCGGCGCACCGCCUGGGUGAUGUGGGCAGCUCGAGCGGUGGCUUCCUAGGGGCGCACUGGCGUCCGCAUCGCGAUCUGUGCGUCGUGGCGCACGAUCGGCAGGGUGCGAUGCACAUGUGGCGCCGCACAGCCACCCACAAGUGGGAGCCACAGGCCACGAUCUCGGGUCAUGCGGGGCCUGCGCGAGACGCUGCGUGGGAGCGGUACGGUGACUGCUUCUUGACAGUCGGCCAGGACCGCACGACGCGCUUGCACGGAACGGUGCACACGGCCCGUGCCGGGCGUACAUGGCACGAGCUGGCGCGGCCACAGACGCACGGCUACGAGAUGCAGUCUGUGGCCUGGCUCGGGCGCACGUCGUUCGUGAGUGCGGCGGACGAAAAGAUCUUGCGUGUAUUUGCGGCGCCCAAGGCGUUUGUGCACAGUGCCACAGCCUGGCACAUGUGGCAGACGCCCACGCCGCAGCCGCGGCAUGUGCUUGUGCUGUCGCAGGCGGCAGCUUCGGCGGGCGACAUGAUCGAGUCGGUGAUGUGCGAGACGCACUACACGAAUCUCGCCGUCGUCGCUUGGCUCGGUGACAUGUCGAUGCGUGGUGCCGAGCAUGUGCUCCAGCGUGUCUACGCGUGUGCGUGGGAUGCAGCGGUCCAGGCCGACUGUCUAGGCGCCGAUGUGACCGUGUACCUCUUGCCCGACACGCCCGACACGGAGCGAGGCGUGAGUCACCUGCGUGCGUGGGCCGCGCACCAUGCCCCGCUCGCGUCGCUGUACGCGGACGAUGGUGUGCCGCGCACCGCGCUGGACGCCAUACCGCUGGAGCCGAAGGUGAUGCCGCUGCGCGCUGCUGCUGCCGAGGCGGUGGAGCCUGCGUCUGUGCAAGGUGACUCGGUCGUGCUGGGCGGCACCUUUGACCACCUGCACAUUGGGCACAAGCUGCUGCUUACGAUGGGCGUGUUGAGUGCACGCAGCGCCAUGUGGGUCGGCGUCACGAGCACCGCGCUCCUCGCGAAGAAGGAGCACCGCGAGUACAUCGAGCCGAUCGACGUGCGCAUGGCGCGUGUCCGCCAAUUUCUCCGUGAUGUAAGCCAGGCGCUCGGCAAGUCGCUGGCGCUGCAUGUCGUGCCUAUUUCGGACCCGUGCGGCCCAGCAGGCACGCUGCCUGAUCUUGACGUGCUGCUUGUGACGGAGGAGACGGUGCGCGGCAUAGAACCUAUCGCCGCUGAGCGAGCCAAGCAUGGCGUGCGUCCAUUGCACGUCUACACCGUGAGCCUAGUUCACUCGGCCGCGGCGGCGAAGACGGGCAGCACGGAUAUCCGAGCAUGGCUCGCGCGACGGCAGCAGACGCCGGGCACCGACUGGUCGCCCACCGUGCACGAGCCGGCGACGGACGGCUUGGCCUCGGCGCAUGUGCCGCCGCUGGGCCUGUCGAACCGCGCGGUCGAAGGUGCGUCGGAGGUAGCUGCCUUCACGAAGCCCCCGAAUCCCGAGCAGCUGCAGUCGUUGACGCUGUGGCCCGAAAUGGAGAAACUGUAUGGCCACGGCUACGAGUUGCUGAGCGUGGCGAUGGAUACCAAUACACACAUGAUUGCGAGCACAUGCAAGGCAUCGACACCGGCCCAUGCUGUCGUGCGUCUCUUUGAUGCGCAGCACAGGUUUGAGCCGGCGAAGGACGCGCUCGAAGGGCACACACUGUCGAUCACGCGCGUCGCAUUCUCGCCCUGUGGCACCUACCUGCUCACCGUGAGCCGGGAUCGCUCCUGGCGCAUGUUCCGACGCACGCCCAGCGGCUAUGUCGCCUGGAUCGGCGAACGUGCACAUGCGCGUAUUGUGUGGGACGGGGCAUGGGCGCCCCACUCUCGCAUGUUCGCCACGGCGUCGCGCGAUAAGAGCGUCAAGAUCUGGACGCUCGUGGACGAUGCACAGCGCCCAUACCGACUCGUAACGACGCUGAACGCGUCUGACGCCGUCGUAUCUGUGACCUGGGCAUCCGACGGCGCACUGGCCAUGGGAUUAGAAAACGGCGAUGUGUGGCUCUACACUUGUGCGCGAGAUGGCACAUGGCAGCUACAUACGACGCUGGCGCGACACCACACGGGCCCUGUGCAUCGUGUGGCGUGCCGCCCACAGGGACGGUGGAUGGAUGCGUACGACCGCGUGCCGUACCAGCUUCUCUCUGUCGGUGACGACGGAUGUACGCGCCUCGUAUCAUGGUACAUAGAUCCUUAG